AUGGCUUCUUCUUCCGUGCUGCCAAUUGGAGGAGGCGUGGGCGCCGCCGUGCUGACCGGCGGCACAGCUGCCGGCAAGGCUCUUGCUCCCAGGCCGUGCUUCCGCGCCGCUCGCCCGCACGCCGUCAGCGGAGGCCGCCUCCGCGUGCAAACCCCUCCCAGAUCGUCUCCGGCCUCGGACGCGAAGAACAGCGCGGCGGAGACAGCGGGGAAAGCCUCUGGGAAGGCGCAGAAUAUGUCCGAGGGCGCCACGGGCAGCGCCGGCGAUGCUAAGGACAGGGCGGUGGAGGGUGCCAAGAGCGCCGGCGACAGCAUGACGGAAACGGCCAAGGGUGGCGUGAGCAAGGUGGCCGAGACGGCACGGGACCUCGGCGGGAAGGCGAAGCAGACGUCAGAGGAAGCGUGGGACGCGACCAAGGACGCCGCGCAGGACGUCGCAAACAAGGUCGCCGCCGCGGCUAAGGAUCUGAGCUGA